UUGGCCCUUGCCAGAGUUUGACCCAAGCCAGAUUCGCCUGAUCGUAUAUCAAGACUGUGAAAGACGAGGGAGAAAUGUAUUGUUUGAUUCCAGUGUUAAGAGAAAAAAUGAGGACACAUCAGUAUCUAAGCUCUGUAGUGAUGCUCAAGUCAAGGUUUUUGGAAAGUGCUGCCAGCUGAAGCCAGGAGGAGAUAGUUCUUCCUCUUUGGAUAGUUCUAUCACUUUGUCUUCUGAUGUAAAAGACCAGUGUCCCAAGUACCAGGGUUCUCGGUGCUCUUCUGAUGCCAAUAUGCUUGGAGAAAUGAUGUUUGGCUCAGUAGCAAUGAGCUACAAAGGAUCCACCCUAAAAAUUCAUCAGAUCCGUUCACCUCCACAGCUCAUGCUUAGCAAAGUUUUCACUGCCCGGACUGGAAGCAGUAUUUGUGGAAGUCUCAAUACACUGCAAGACAGUCUUGAAUUCAUCAAUCAGGAUAGCAAUACAUUAAAGGCUGAUAACAGCACAGUUAUUAAUGGCCUGCUUGGAAAUAUAGGUCUUUCACAGUUCUGCAGCCCCAGGCGGGCAUUCUCUGAACAGGGUCCGCUCCGCCUGAUCAGGAGCGCCUCUUUCUUUGCAGUUCACAGCAACCCAAUGGACAUGCCGGGAAGAGAACCGAAUGAGGACAGAGACAGCGGCAUAGCACGCUCUGCAUCUCUGAGCAGCUUGCUCAUCACCCCAUUUCCCUCCCCAAAUUCUUCACUUACUCGAAGCUGUGCCAGCAGCUACCAGCGACGCUGGCGACGUAGCCAAACAACAAGUUUGGAAAAUGGGGUAUUUCCUAGAUGGUCUAUAGAAGAAAGCUUUAAUCUGUCAGAUGAAAGUUGUGGCCCUAACCCAGGAAUUGUGAGGAAAAAGAAGAUUGCAAUUGGGGUAAUCUUUUCAUUGUCCAAAGAUGAAGAUGAAAAUAACAAAUUCAAUGAAUUCUUUUUUUCACAUUUUCCUCUCUUUGAAAGCCACAUGAACAAAUUAAAGAGUGCAAUAGAACAGGCUAUGAAAAUGAGCCGGAGAUCAGCUGAUGCCAGCCAGAGAAGUUUGGCAUAUAAUCGAAUAGUUGAUGCCCUAACUGAAUUCAGAACAACAAUUUGUAAUCUUUACACAAUGCCAAGAAUUGGGGAACCUGUCUGGCUUACAAUGAUGUCAGGCACUCCAGAAAAGAACCAGCUUUGCCAUCGUUUUAUGAAGGAAUUUACUUUUCUAAUGGAAAAUGCCUCCAAAAAUCAAUUCUUGCCAGCUCUCAUUACUGCAGUUUUGACCAAUCAUCUUGCCUGGGUUCCAACAGUCAUGCCAAAUGGACAGCCACCUAUAAAAAUAUUUUUAGAAAAACAUUCCUCUCAGAGUGUGGACAUGUUGGCAAAAACUCAUCCAUAUAACCCUCUUUGGGCACAACUUGGAGAUUUAUAUGGCGCUAUUGGUUCUCCUGUACGGUUAGCAAGAACUGUGGUAGUUGGCAAACGACAAGACCUUGUCCAGAGGCUGCUUUAUUUUCUUACUUACUUCAUAAGAUGCUCUGAACUUCAAGAAACCCAUCUUUUAGAAAAUGGAGAAGAUGAAGCCAUUGUUAUGCCAGGCACAGUGAUUACUACCACUUUAGAAAAAGGGGAAAUAGAGGAAUCAGAGUAUGUGCUAAUCACAAUGCAUAAAAACAAAAGCAGCUUGCUUUUUAAAGAGUCAGAAGAGACAAGAACUCCUAACUGUAACUGUAAAUAUUGCAGUCAUCCACUCCUUGGGCAAAAUAUAGAUAAUGUGUCACAACCAGAGAGAGAAGAUACUCAAGACAACUCUAAGGAAUUGCUGGGAAUUGCCGAUGAAUGCCAAAAGAUUUCUCCUCCUGACUGCCAAGAAGAAAAUGCUGUUGAUAUUAAACAGUACAGAGAUAAAUUAAGAACUUGCCUUGACACCAAGUUAGAGACAGUUGUUUGUACAGGAUCUGCUCCAGCAGACAAAUGUGUGUUGUCAGACACAGGCUUGGAGCCAACAGAAGAGUCCUGGCAGAGUAAGGAAUUGCUAGAUUCAGAUAAUCACACAGGCACAGCGAUGAGAUCCACAGGGAUAGUUGUGGAAAAGAAACCUCCAGAUAAGACUGUGCCUACUGCAUUUUCCUGUGAGGUAACUCAGACAAAGGUUACUUUCUUGAUUGGAGAUUCUAUGUCACCUGAUUCAGAUACUGAACUUCGGAGUCAGGCUGUGGUGGAUCAGAUUAAUAGACAUCACAGCAAACCACUGAAGGAAGACAGAGGGGUGACUGAUAAGCAUCAAGAAAGUAAAAUAACUAAGGACCAAUCUGAAGAAUCUGGCACACAGAACAUGGUUUCUGGAGAGUCCUGUGAGCUUCCUUGUUGGAAUCAUUCAGACCCAGAAAGCAUGAGCUUGUUUGAUGAAUAUUUUAAUGAUGAUUCAAUUGAAACUAGGACUAUUGAUGAUGUUCCUGUUAAAACAAGUACAGAUAGUAAAGAGUAUUGCUGUAUGUUAGAGUUCCCCAAAAGAUUGUAUGCAAAAAAUAACAAACAGAAAAGUGAAUUUUGUAAAUGUAUAGAAACAGUUCAUCAAGAUUCAUGUAAUGCCUGCUUUCCUCAGCAGGACCAAAGAGAUACCCUCUCUAUUCUUGUCCCCCAUGGGGAUAAAGAGAGUUCAGAGAAAAAAAAUGCUAUAGGAACUGAAUGGGACAUUCCAAGAAAUGAAAGUUCAGAUAGUGCCCUUGGAGAUAGCGAGAGUGAAGACACGGGUCCUGAUAUAAGGAGACAAGUUGGCAGUUACUGUGGAGGGGAACAGGAAGACUGGGCAGAGGAAGAUGAAAUACCUUUUCCUGGGUCAAAGUUAAUUGAAGUGAGUGCUGUUCAGCCCAACAUUGCCAACUUUGGAAGAUCCUUGCUGGGUGGCUACUGUUCAUCUUAUGUUCCUGACUUUGUUCUUCAAGGAAUUGGAAGUGAUGAGAAGCUUCGUCAGUGCCUGGUAUCAGAUUUGUCUCAUGCUGUACAGCAUCCAGUGUUGGAUGAACCAAUAGCAGAAGCUGUCUGUAUAAUUGCUGAUAUGGACAAAUGGACUGUUCAGAUCGCUAGCAGUCAGAGACGAGUGACAGAUAAUAAAUUGGGAAAGGAGGUGUUGGUUUCUAGUCUUGUUUCCAACCUGCUUCAUUCCACUCUUCAGCUUUAUAAACAUAACUUGUCUCCAAACUUUUGUGUAAUGCACCUUGAAGACCGGUUGCAGGAAUUAUACUUCAAGAGCAAAAUGCUGUCUGAGUACCUGAGGGGACAGAUGCGUGUUCAUGUCAAGGAGCUAGGAGUAGUUCUUGGGAUCGAAUCCAGUGACCUUCCUCUUCUGGCUGCUGUAGCAAGCACCCAUUCUCCAUAUGUUGCUCAGAUACUCCUUUAACAUGCCUAGAGGUUAACUUUGGUUUAAAGUUGAAUAGAAACCAAGGAAGUAGGCACAGUGUGUAUCUAUGGAGUUGUUGCUGUUUUGUGUGUUAGUUUUCUCUGUUAGGCUUUUGUGUGACUGUGUCAUCUCUAGCAUGCUGUGUUGCGUCACAGUCUGCAUAGGUUGGAUGACUUUUUAUUUUUAACUGGACAUCUGGGUAUCGGUAGAUUUUUCCACCAAGUGAAACUAAAGCAACAUAAAUAAUUGGGGUGGCAGGAUAGGGCAAGCAGCAUUUGCAAAAGCCAAAGUGCAACUUAGAAAUUUCUGUGACUACCCAGGAAUUUCAUGCAAACUCUAAAAUGUCACAACUCAUGAAUAGCAAUAGAUGUCUCAUGAUCAAAUGGCAGAAAUCUUCAUUUCACUAAUUUUUAACUUUUAUUUCUAUGGUACAGAAAUCUACAAGACCUUCAUUUAUGUGUUGUUUUGCAAUUCAGAUCAACUGAUUUCUAGUUAUUUAAGUAUUUUAAACAACCUGUUAAUUAUGAGAAACUCAUAAUGAGUGAAGAUGUCAUGUUGCCCAUCCAAUUGUAUAUAUGUAUCUAUUUUUUAAAAAAUGCAGGGGUAGAAAUACAAUAUUGAUAAACAUUUUUAAAAAUAUUUUUUCAUCUAGUAUUGUAUGUAAUGUUGAAAUACUACCUUCUGAUGAUUUUUCUGUUUCACAUACUCUGAAAUGUAUUUAAAGCCAAUCUUUUUGAGGCUAAAUGUUGUAGAUUCCCUAAGAAUACGUCUUUAUACCAUUUGUUUUAUAAGAAUGAGCUAAUUCUUAUUGAUAUUUACAUAUUAAUUUAAUAAUAAAACUAAGAUUCAAAAAGUACACCAAAGCAACUGCAAAAAUAAUACUAUAUUUUUAAAAUGUGCUCAGGUGGCCACACACUUUGAUUUCAGUAUCCACCAUUGAACCCAUAUGAGCAGAAUACUUGCUAAUGAUCUUCAAUUUACACUAGUAGAAGUAAUAUCUUAAAAAAAUAUAUUUUCUCUAAGUGUUCCUUGUUUUAAAAUGUUGAUUUUUUUCCCAAGCUUUCCACUUAGCAUUUGUUGUCAUUUUUGUAUAUAGUGUAGAUUGUUGCUUGUAAGAAAGGCUAAUAAGGAACCAAACUCUUGUAAGUAAUGUAAAUAAAAAGGUGGGUAGAUAAUGUUUUCAAUAUACUCUUCUACCUCAGUUUACUUGAAUACUGAAUUAUAGCUUACUCUUUGCCUGUGUGGGCUAAGAUACAUGUAAUGCUAGAAUUAAAGUUGGUUUCUGUUUUCAUUGA